AUGUCGGUAUCUCCUUAUCCAAAUAAUUCAUUGAAAAAACUACUUAAUUCACAUUCAUCUAUUUAUGAAGCGCUAGCCAACCCAGAACUUGAAUUGAACUCCUUGAGUCCAAGAAUGUCAAAUCACCCACAGCAAAUUGUUAAUAAGGAAAGAUUUCCUACUCCCGUUGAUCAAUUACAGUCUAAAAACCUUGAUUUUUCCUGGCAAUCAAUCAAUUAUACCGAAUCAUUACAAAAUUUGAAAAAAAUCAAUUCUGCUAAAGAUGACCAUAAAACAACUUCAAUCUUGUCAAUUACUUCGGAUGAAGAUGAUCAUUUGGUGAAAAUCCCAAGCGCUAGGUCGAAAAACUAUAAUAGUGUCAUGGUUUUUGAAACUGAUGAAGAAGAUGAUGGAUUUGAUGAUAUUGCCAAAUUUACAACUAAUGAAUCGUGUGUCUCGUAUGAUGAAGAUGAAGAAGUUGAGGAUGAUGAAAAAACCCUCAACGUUAACUUGAACCAUACUUUACAAUCGUUUGUUAUGCCUAAAAUGUCAAUUUCGGAUAAAUGUUUCCAAAUCACCAUUUUAAGUUCCAAAGAUUUCAUUUAUCAUCAAGAAACAAUCAAUUUACUUGAAGAUAUGAGAAAUAAUUGGGACUUUGAUUCCUCUUACUCCAUUCACGUUAAUCAUUUAUCGCUAGACUCUGGUGGCAAAACUGAUUAUAACCUUAUUCAAAAUUCAAAUUUAAUCUUUAUAAUUAAUGAUGGUUCAAUGGUUUUCACCGAUUUAUUAACUCUUAAUGAAGAUUAUCCAAAAGUUACCGUUAUUAAUAUGAUGACGGUUAAUUAUUUUGCUAAUUUAUUCGAUCUUAUUAACAUCUUAAAACCUUAUCAAGUUUGGAAAUCUUCGUCCCUAAAACAAACUAAAUUAAUUAAUAAUAUGAAAAAUUUUAUCAAAAAUGAAUUAUCGGAUGAUUUUAUUUGUCAAGAUGGUGGUGGUGGUAAGUACAACCUGGAAUAUUGUAAAAAAUUAGCUCACCAACAUUCAAAACAUUCUAAUUCAAUUUAUUCUAAUUUGGUUCCAAACAAAAAACUGAAUUAUAAAAAUAUUGAAAAGCAAUUUAAAUCAGAUUUACAAUAUUCAAGUAUUUAUGAAAAUAUCGAUCCUUUAAAAUUAUCUUCAAAUUUUUAUAAAAUUGAUAUCCUAUACGCUAUAUUGGGAAAGCUUUUCCAUAAAUUAUAUUCAUCUCCUCGUCAGCAAGCACUUCCUCCUAUUCCAAAUGAUACUCCUUCUUCUUCCUUGAGCAAUACUAAAAAUAUUUGGCUUUUUUGCAGCUUUUCCCUAGGUAUUGGUUUGGGAAUCAGUAUUGCCAGUGGGGCAAUCACGGUCAUUGGCCUCUAUAUCUAUGAUCAAUUAUACUAUACUUUCAAUACAAGUCGCGAAUCAUUGGCUUCACCAAGUCCCUUCUAUGAUGCUCCUUCAGAAACUUCCCUCUUAAAUCAAUUUUCAGAUUCAGUCUUGUCUUCCUUACCUCGCAUUGGUGAAUUAACUAAUUGGGUUUCCAAUUCUUUAUCAGAUCUUUCUUAUUCAAUAAUUAAUGGUAUUGAUUAUACUCUUCAUGGUAUCGAUUACACUUUGAAAGAUUUUUAUAAUUUUAACCUUGACAGUUUAAAAGUGGUCUCUGAUUCAAUUAUUGAUCAUUUAGAAAUUGUUAAUUCUACUUUGAUGGAUUCUGUUCUUGGCGGAAUCAGUAGAUUAACAACUACCUUGUUUAUUGGAAUGGGAUUUUACUAA